UAGUUUAGUUCGGUCUAAGCAUGGAAACUAAGAAAAGGGUGACUGGAUUUACAUUUAUAAAUUUUGUGAAGGACUUUUUUUUCCUGUUUCUGGGAGUCAGCAAACUUCUGACUAAAAGUAUAUUUUUUGUGGUAACAUGCAGCUGGAGAUUUGUCGUGAACCAACAAUAUUCAAGAGCUCUACCAUUCAUCGGAAAUCUUACGAAGGAAAUAGUUCUUUGCAUCCUUUUUGUCUUUGGACCUUACACAUUACUUGGUGUGGUAUUUAGCGCUGCUGGCAUAGUUGCCAUAUUCUGUUUUGUUGCCAAAACUUUAAAUAGGGAUCAAGGCAUCGCUCUUGACAUAGGUCUUCAUGUUGCCGCAACUUUUAUAAGAAUCCUUUUUAAGAUUUGGCAUGGUCAGGAGUUUCAAGGAUUGUCAAAUAUUCCAACUUCAGGAUCUGCUCUGAUCGUGUGGUAUCACGGACCUAUGCCUGUCGAUUAUUUAGCUCUAAUUGCAGAGGUGCAAUACCAAUAUGGCCGCAACAUCAAAUCCAUCAUAGACAGAUGCUUAAAGAUGCUUCCAUGGAGCUGGUUUUUCAUCAAUAAACUGGGUUGCACGUGUGAUGGACCGGAGUUCUGUGUAGAUCAGCUGAAAGCUGGUCAGCUCAUGGGGGUAGCACCUGGGGGUAGUAGAGAAGCUUUGUUUGGAGAGGAGUUUAGUUUACAGUGGGGGAAAAGAACAGGGUUUGCUAGAAUUGCAAUCGAGGCCAAUGUUCCAAUAAUUCCUCUUUAUACAGAGAAUAUUUCUGUGGCCUACGCUACCAUGAAGAGCUUUAGACCAGUUUGGAGAUAUAUAUUCGAAGCUACAAGAUUACCUAUUAUUCCUAUUUGGGGUGGAUUUCCAGUAAAACUAACAACACAUAUAGGUGUUCCAAUUUACCCAGUUCCAAAUGAAACACCUGAGACACUAAGAGAAAAAACAAAAGCUGCAUUACAAGAAAUGAUGGCAGUUCAUCAGAGUAAAAAUAUGACCGUAGCAAAGGGAAUAUAUCGAAGAUUUGUUUCGAAACCCCAGAUCGAAAAAGCAUUUGUUGUUUAAAAAAUUCAAAACAAUUCUGCUCUAUAUGUACAUGUAACGUAUCUUUAAAAGUUGGAAGGUAAUUAUUGUUAUAUGUUGCAAAAAUGUCUUUUUGAUAAAAACAGACAAAUAAUAUGGGAUAAAUUAAAAUUUCCAUUGGUUAUACUAUUCAGAGAGGAAUUCAUUUCAUAAAUAAAUACUGAGCCCGCGAUUUAAAAACUUCGGUUCGAGCCGUAAUCCCUUAAACCCGACUU